UGCUAAACGGCUAAACUAUGGUGGAAGCAUUCAGCUUGUGCAAGUAACAGAAAUAAAAAUCACCAAGGCUGGGCUCGAUGAGAUCAUGAGAGAUUGACAUGUCAACGGACGCGAAAACCAGGCGAGGCCUCGCCGCGGCGACCAGCCGGCGCCGGGGAGCCGAACGAGCCUCGUCACGCGGUUCUCCAGCGCAGCAAGACCACCGACGACUCGACUACCAUGUAUUCCCUGAUGAUCUUGGCGGGCUCGGCGCGGCGGCCCCCCGCUGCGAUCUGGAGCGCCGCGUCCAUGGAGCCGCUCUUCUCGGCGCCUUCUCGCCAUGCUUCCAUGGUUCCUCCUCCUCCCAUCUGCCGCCGCAGCACAGCAGCGAAGAGGUGUCUGCGGCGGCGGCGACGCGCGAGCAGGAGCAGACGCUGCGCUUAUUCCUCCAAGACAUCGAGAGAUCAAUCGUCUUCGGAAUCUGCAAGAACCCCGAAACAACGGAGUUCUUCCGGGACCACCGGCGACGGCUCGACGACUACUUCGCCGCCGCCAAGAACCUGCUGCAGAUGUUGGAGCACCCCGUCUUGGCGUACGGUGAUCUGCACAACCGCGCAAAAUCCCUCCUCGUCACGGCCAUGGGCUCCCUUGCAGUGGAGUUGUGCCACCUCAAGAUCUGGAAACCUGACGCUCUGGCAAGUUAUCUCGGUUGCACACCUACAUCUAUCUGGGAGCUCGCGAGGUCCAGCUGCCGCGGAGGCGGCGACGGUUCUGGCUCUGCCUCGUCAGCCUCAUGGAUGAGUACCUCUCGCUCCUGCUCCGGCGGUAGCAGCGGCCCAAACGGUGUGAGCUUUGACGGAUAUUACAUGGCACUCAGUGAGGAGAGAACAGUGCGAAGUGGCCAAGCUUCGUCAGUUACGGCCAGUCACAUUGACCUCAAGUCAGUGUCCAUCCUCAACAAGAUUGCUGAUUUCAUGAUUGGGGUCGGACACGAACAGAUGCUCCGAGGAGCUUUCGAUCAACACAGUGAGCAUCUGGUCAGGUACAUUGAAAUUCUUGACAUUGAUAAAAUUUUGGGUAACCACAUGGAGGAAUCCACAGAAUUGCUAUUGAAGGUCUGGACAUCGACAAUGCGGACUGUCUUUAGUGUUCUAGAUGAGAUGCGAACGCAGUUGAAUCAGAAAGACCAUGGAACAUUCAGUUCACUAAAGGUGGACUACUUCUCUGCAAUCGCUAAGGAAUCAGUCAUGAAGCUGCUUAACUAUGCUAAUGCAAUCUGCAUUCAGGUGGGUCCAAAUGAUCCUUCCUGCAGGGAUACUCAUGCAUCAGUUAAGCAUUUUCCAUCCAAAAUGGUCAAUCUGUUGAUUAUGUUCCAGGCAUUGGAGUAUGCCAAGAUGGAAAUCUUAGAUUUGUUCUUGGGUCAAACUAAGGGUCCCAUUUUAAUGGAAAUUGAAAGGCUUACAAAUGGAUUGUCAGCAGUUUUUCUUGUGCUGUUGGUUGAACUAAAUGGUUUGCUCAGGUCACAACAUUUGGUCAUUUCUAACACGGGUGUCCAUCAUGUUACACAGCAUAUUAUGGGUCUUAUGCGGUUGCUGGUUGAACAAAAGGACAAAGUCCAUAUGAUGCUAAACGAUAAUCCAGAUAAAUUUGGUCAAGUAGUGACUCAACUGAUCUCAUCCUUGGAGUUUAUGUUGGACAUGAACUCUAGGAGUUUGGCACUCCAAGGGCAGCAACUGGUGUUCCUUCUGAACAAUAUAAACUUCGUGCUUGAGCAAGCUAACAAUUAUACUGAUCUGAAGCUGAUUCUAGGAGAAAGCUGGUGCUUGCAACGCCAUGUCCAACUUGAUCAGUUCUUGGCAAGCUAUGUCGAAGCUUCUUGGACACCUGUGAUGUCAUCAUUCAUAAUAACUCGAAUUCCUAAAAUUUUAUGGCCCCAGCAAUUGUUCGAUAAGUUCAAUUCUCGUUUUGAGAUGACCUACAAUGUGCAGAAGACAUGGAAGGUCACGGAUCCUGUGAUUCGACAGAAGCUGCGUGAGAAGAUCACCCAGAAGGUUAUCCCAUUGUACCGAAUGUACUUGGAGAGCUACUCGGACAAGAAGCAAAAGUCUGCGAGGUUCAAUGUUGAGCACCUUGAGGCUCGAUUGCUGGAAAUAUUCGAGGGGUAAAUGAAAGAUGUGUCUGUGCAGUAAAUGAAAGACAUUUAGGACGAUGUGUUACUGUAAAAAGUUGUGGGUGAACUUCUUGGAUAGUACUAUUGUUUGAAAGACUUAGAUUAAUGCUCUACUAGUUUACUUAAUUGGAAAAUGUAAAUAUUUUGUUUUAGAGGUAAGACUACUCAAACAAGUAUUCGUAAAUUUACCCCUCCUUACUUUCCAGGGUUGUACUUGUAAUUGAAAUACUAUACAUUUUUUUUCUCUAAA